AGUCAGGUUGAAGCAGGGAGAUAAAGGAGACCAAGGCAAAGGGAGCUCCUUACUACCGCAGUCUGGACUCGGCUGGCUAGCUAUUUGUUAACGAAAGGAGGCUCCGGCCACCAGGGCCAGAAUUAAGCCAUGGAAAGUCAGAUCGCUCGUUGCAAAAUUGUUGUGGUUGGUGAUGCACAGUGUGGAAAAACUACUUUAUUGCACGUUUUUGCCAAGGAUUGUUAUCCAGAGAAUUAUGUCCCCACUGUGUUUGAGAACUAUACGGCCAGUUUUGAAAUUGACAAGCAAAGGAUCGAACUAAAUAUGUGGGACACUUCAGGAUCAGCAUAUUAUGACAAUGUUCGCCCGCUGGCCUAUCCUGACUCGGAUGCAGUGCUAAUCUGUUUUGACAUCAGUCGUCCAGAGACUCUAGACAGUGUUUUAAAGAAGUGGCAAGGUGAGACACAAGAGUUCUGUCCCAGUGCCAAAGUGUUGGUGGUUGGGUGUAAGAUCGACAUGAGGACAGAUCUGAACGUCCUGAGGGAACUCUCGAAGCAGAGGCUUAUUCCAGUUACACAUGAACAGGGCAGUACAGUGGCUCGGCAAAUAGGAGCAACGGCCUAUGUGGAAUGUUCAUCUAAAGCUUCUGAGAAUAGUGUCCGUGAUGUAUUUCAUGUUACGACCCUGGCUUCUGUAAAUAAGAUGCAAAAAAAUCUGAAACGCAGUAAUUCCAAGCGGGGAUUAAAGAGGGUAUCGCAAAUGCCUCCAAGGACAGAUUUACUGGGUGACUCGGAGAUCAGAAAGGACCGUGCUAAAAGCUGCUCAGUAAUGUGAAGAACAGACUCAAAAUUAUUUGUAUUUAUUCUGCAUUCUGUACAGUAACUGGCACAGGAGCAACAGGACUGUUGCCAAAUUCAAGGUCGGUAUCCAAGGCUUUUCCUGGAGCCUCGGCCUCAAAACUGGUGAUUUCUGAAUCCAGGGAGCUGUUGCUUAUUUAUGAGGCUUGCAGAGUGACUGUUGCUGUGUUGGCUUCUUGUGGAAAGGAACUAAUGAAGAGGAAGAUUAACCAAGUGUUUGAAUGUUUGUGAAGCUGUGUUGCUAAGGGAGAUGUGGGCUGUUUGUAUUGAGAACUGAAUUUCUUCAGGGACUGUAGGAAAGAUUGAUGGCAGUGAUAGUUUUUGUGUUGUGAAGUAAAAAUGUAUGACAGUCACUUUGGAUAUUGCCUUUUAAAACAAACUAUAUAGGACUCUAACAAAUGCACACCAAAUAUAAUAUACCCAUUUUUCAUUACCUUCAGAAUCUUACCAUUACAUCAGUGUUUGCACUAAAUUUUCAUAGACUGUAAUAGGGAAUGUUGUACACAUUUGGAAUUAUGGAUUGAAGCUUUGCAUUCCUAUCAUUAUAAAGAAGUUAGCUUAAAAAAAAACUAAAAUUCCCUCUUGUCAAAUUGUGCCUUCAUCACCUGGUAUUAUUAGAGAGUUGCUGCUGAUGCUGUGGCACAACUACCCAGAGCUACAGAGAAAUGACACAGUGCUGGGGGUUUCUAGUGUUCCUCGUGUGAAGCAGAAAAGCUCUCAUUUAGAAAAUUAAAGUACAUAAUUGGAAUUCAUCCUUGGUUGUGUGUGCUGAAAGGAUACUGUCAUAGCAUGGGUGUAUUUAAGUUACUUCUAAAAUUCAAUUCCAUUGACUUUAAAGGAACUGAAUUUUGGAGUCAGUGUCCAACAUACACCUGUUACAUCGCAGCUUCCAAAGUGGGUAAUUUAGGACAUACAACAGAGGGUGGUUUUCAACUCCAUAUGACAAUGUUUAAUGCGUGUAAGCACUCUUUCCAAAUGUGGUUGAGUGUCUCGCCAAAAUUAUUACUCGUUCAGCUGAGGAGUCAAUUAUCGCCUUUCACAGUGUCCUUUCUCAAUGUAUUCAUGCUCUAUGCUACAGUUAAAAUACAGAGUCUCCAAUACUUUGAUUGGAUGGAUUCCUAUCAUCAUCCAGCAUUUAUGAAUGGCCUUUUUGAAGACAAUUCUGGAUGUGCCAGUUCAUUGUUUGUCAGAAUAGUUAAUGAGCAAUUCCUAGUUAGAUUCACAACAUUUUUAUAACUUGCUUUAAGGUGCUUUGGUACUUCAACAGCCAAUGGAGGAAAAAAUCAAAGUUGACCUUGUAGGUAACCUAACCUGUGACAGUCAAUUCUAGAUUUGGUUCACUGGGAUAAAGUUGUGUGAUCAUUUUAUGAUGUACUUGAGCUGAGUGUUGAACCACCUUGUCAUUCUCCUAGGGGGCAUGUAGAGUCUUUCUAUAGAAAGUGUAGAUGGAAAUUGAUUAUUUGUGUGUUUCCCUUCCCAUGCUUCCAUAUUCACUCCUUCCUUUUCCUCCUGCACACUUAAUAUUUUCCUUUUUUUUCCCCAUCUCAUUGGCUUCUACAUUCAGUGGUUCAUUCUCCAUUAUUCCUGCCACUCCAGGAUGGUAACAUUUUCCUUACUUCGACUUAUUGCUCAUCUUUCUCGUGCCCUCUCCCCCCCCCCGCUCAUUUUCUAGACACUUCCUGAUCUGCAGAAUGUUCCCAGAUCUCAUUUUUUAAAAUUUCAGGUUUCCGGCAUCUGCGGUAUUGUAAGAAUUCUGACAGUGGACUGAAAUAGACAGCGUUCUUUCAGUUUAUUCUACAUUGUAUUAAUAUUUCAAAGAAUUCGUUAUCUUUCAAUUACAUAAUCUCGGUCAUAAUCCAGAGAAGCAUUAACCAAGGAAUCGUUGCAAUGCAAUAGCAGGCUUUGUUACAAGAAUGUGGCUUUACAUAAACUCAUAUUCAUACAUCUUCAAUAAAAUAACGAUUGAGAAUUUUCAGCAUUUUCUGUCUUUGUAACAAAUAACUGGAGUUAUGAAUCAUUUUAUCAUACUAGAUGGUGCUAUCUUGUACUGGGAAAUGGCUCCAUGAGCAAUGGCAACCCUUGAAUGCACGACCAUAGUACUAAGUUAUGGCACAUGCACCAAGGUAGUGAUGGUUGGUGAAUUGGCUGGAAAUGAGGGGCUUCACAAUUGCUUCUGGUUCCACUUCCAUUCAAUAUUAACACUGUUGUCCUUUCCAACACUGCCACAAAAGAAGAGUAAGGAUGAAAUACAAAUGGCACCCAAUCCUUCUUACAUGUAAGUCUAUCUUUAAUUCACAUGAAGAGCCCCACCCACAUAUUCAUUGUUCUUUCCGUGCCUGAAAGUCCCCUGUAGCACAAUCCUGAUUGCUCAUGGUACCUGACAGGUUGCAAACAUAUACAUUCCAUUAUAAUCACUCAUCGUGAGUUUCCGAAUCAAUCACCUGUUAGCACUUGCAUUUACAAAUAGACAGGCUCUGCUUUCCCACAGAAUUGUCCUACGUGUUGUAAAUUGAGAAAAGCCUUUGCAAUACAUACAUUUUGCAGGUGGAAAUAUUUGUGCAUUAUUAUAUAUCAACCCAAUUGAGUCAAGCAAAGGCCAUUUUAAUUGGAGCAGAAUUUUGGAACUACUCCUUUCCAAGGUGGAUAAUAUCAAUGGAGUUUUGCUUGGUGAAGCAAGACUCUCUUCUAUGGAAGAGUCAACUGAAAUUGAUAACCACAUUCACAGAGAAUUAAUUUAAGUUUCUACCAUGGGUAAGGACAGGGAGCAUUUAAAUUCAACUAUGUCAGGGAGCCUAAACACUAAACACUCAGUUAUAGCUCCCAUGCAGUAUGUUCAUUAAACUUGAGCUUUUAAAACUCAUUUUCAUAAGUGACAAAAGUCCCUCAUCUUGUCCUCAGUUGUGGCUUUCUGAUAUAUGUUACCUUUACUUUGCUGUAAACCCAUGUUCUGAGUGCUUAGGCAGUCCCUCGAGAUUGAGGACGACUUGCUUUCACCCUAAUUCAGGAAUGAUUAAUGAGGCUAAAUUUGGACCCAAAGAUUCUACCAGCAUUUUGUGUGGGAGUGUGCCCUUGAUCUUGAAGAAGAUGCUUUUCAAAGCAUUUCCUUUUCUCUAGUGACUAACACAUACAUCAAUACAGUCACCCGCUUCAAUCAUCUUGAAAGAUUUUGAGCACAUUGAAAGCUUUCCCUUUAACUUGGUCUGGAGGUAUUGCCAAUUCAAAUUAGUUCAAAUGGGAAUGAGAUUGCUCUCAAAUAGAAGCAGAUCAAUUUAAGAGCAACGUCCUUUCUGCUUGUGCACAGGCUCCAUUUAAUAAUGGGCCAGCCUGAGUUGCAAUCCCAUUUUUUUCCACUCCCCACUUGCAGAAUAAAUCAAUCUUAUCGUUAAUCUUUCAAUGAAAUUUGAUCUUUUGAGAGGGUUAAAUACCCCUUGUUCAUUAUUGUAACAUUUUACCCUUUUUACUUCAGAGUCGUUUAUAAAAUUGGUCUAAUAAUUUGAUUUCUUUUAGUAUCAUUUCAUUACUUGGAUACUGUACAUUUCAUUUUGUUCUAGUGCCAAAAGUCACUUAGUUUACAGAAGUGAUUUAUCUUUCUCUAUUCACUCAUGGAAUGCAGAGAUCUGUCAUUGCCAGAAUUUAUUAUCCACCCCUUAUUGUCCCAUGAACAGAGGAGUUAGUUAAGAGCUGUCCAAAUUUGUGGGUCCAGAGACAGGUAAGGAUGGCAGUUUUCUUUUACCAAGCGGCAUCAGUGAAUCAAAUGGAUUUAAAAACAUCUCAGAUUUCCCCUGGUUCCUAUCAUUAUUAUCCAUUUAUAAUACUAAACUUUAUUUAACUACUUGAAUCUGAAUUGUCACCAUGAUGCUUGAAGUUGUGUCCCUGUUCCUGUAUCAAAGUCCUGCCGUGUAAUCACUAUGCUCUUUUUACCGGGAACUUUGACCAUUUACCAUACACUACCUUUGGUGUGACAUUGAAAACUCUUUGCACUGCUGCUAAACUUGAUGAGGAGUAAAGCAGGUGUGAAAGUCUGGUGUGAACCACCCCACAGUUCCUCUUUUGAAGAACCUCACUCUAGAUUCUAGUUGCUUUUAUCUGCAACAUCAGUCCAAAUUUUGAUUUAGUCUGUAGAUGUACUACUGGUGUAACAGUGGUAAGUAUGGGGGUGGGGGCAUUUCCAUUUUAAAUAUGUUUAAUUUCCCAUUAAAACCAUUCCCUGAAAGCAUUUACUUUUUAUGC